CUUGUAAUUGUAAUUAAGUUCUUGCAACACAACUGUGUGCUUCACUCAAGAGAAGGAGAACUUGUUUUUCUGGUAGGUGUGGCUGCUGUUACUGACAUUAAAGAGCAGCAGCUGUGUGAAAUAAAAUGUGCCAGGAAGGGUCUUAGGUAUUGUACCACUUUUUUUUUCUCUCAGUAUUGUUCUGUAUUGAACAAUUAUUGCAAUUUACCUUAAAGGUAUUUAAGUUUUUAUCUGUUUCAAAUAAACAAUUAGUAGAUUAUUUUAGCAAAAUAACUUAAAAGUGAACGGAGGACUGAACAGAACUUCACUCGGCUAUCUGCUUUAAAAGAUGCGGCAGCAUAAAGUACAAGGACAAAGAAAUUUACAUGCACAUUUAGAUACAUACAUAAUGUUGUGUGCUGGGAAAAAAACUUACUUUGCUGCUGCUGUGUGCAUUAUUACUUUAACUUCAAUGCUUGCAGUUUAUCUGAGGUUACAGGGACUUUCCCAUCAGCCAAAAGUAAUUCAAGAAGGCAGAAGAUGUAGAGGGAAUAUUGCCAAUAGCACAAUAACAGCAUUAAAAGAUAACAAAACUUUUAUUAUAUCCCCAUACUUUGAUGACAGAGAAAGCAAAGUCACUCGUCUGAUUGGGAUUGUUCACCAUGAAGAGGUAGAACAACUGUACUGCUGGUUCUGCUGUCAGCCCAAUGGAAAGAUAUAUGUAUCAAAAGCAAAAAUUGAUGUUCAUUCUGAUAGAUUUGGAUUCCCUUAUGGUGCAGCAGAUAUAAUUUGUUUGGAACCUGAAAACUGUGAUCCAACACAUGUAUCAAUUCAUCAGUCUCCACAUGGAAAUAUCAAUCAGCUGCCAAGGUUUGAAAUUAAAAACCGCAAGGCUGAGACCUUUUCUGUUGACUUCACUGUGUGCAUUUCUGCCAUGUUUGGAAACUACAACAAUGUCUUGCAGUUUAUACAGAGUAUGGAAAUGUACAAGAUUCUUGGAGUACAGAAAGUGGUGAUCUAUAAGAACAACUGCAGCCAUCUGAUGGAGAAAGUCUUGAAGUUCUAUAUAGAAGAAGGAACUGUUGAGAUAAUUCCCUGGCCAAUAAACUCACACCUCAGGGUUUCUUCUGAAUGGCACUUCAUGGAAGAUGGAACACACAUUGGCUACUAUGGACAAAUUACAGCUCUGAAUGACUGUAUAUACCGUAACAUGGAAAGGAGCAAGUUUGUGGUCCUUAAUGAUGCUGAUGAAAUAAUUCUUCCCCUUAAACACCCAAACUGGAAAACAAUGAUGAACAGUCUUCAGGAACAAAACCCAGGGACUAGCGUUUUCCUCUUUGAGAACCAUAUCUUCCCAGAAACCGUAUCAUCUCGUAUGUUCAAUAUUUCAUCUUGGAAUACUGUGCCAGGUGUUAACAUACUACAGCAUGUAUACAGAGAGCCUGACAGGAAAGAUGUAAUCAAUCCCAGGAAAAUGAUAGUUGAUCCACGAAAGGUGAUUCAGACUUCAGUCCAUUCUGUCCUACGUUCUUAUGGGAAAAGUGCGAAUGUUCCCAUGGAUGUUGCCCUCAUUUAUCACUGUCGGAAGGCCCUUCAAAGCGACCUUCCCAGAGAAUCUCUCAUCAGGGAUACAACACUGUGGAGAUAUAACUCAUCAUUAAUCAUGAAUGUUAACAAGGUGUUAUCUCAAACCAUGCUGCGAGCUCAAAAGUGAAACCUUGGUUAUAAGGAGUGAAAGUGGAGUGCUACCUGUAUUGUGGGAAGACAGAGGAUAUCCUUUAAAGAUCAUAUUAAAUUGAUUUCCCCACAGAGUUUACAUUUUGCUGCAAUUAUUUAGGGAAUCUAUAGCAAAGCCAUGAAUCAUUUAAUGAUAUUACAGAUCAAUGUAGAUUGCAGUAUUUCUUCUGGCAAAUGUACAAUUUGUUUUCACUUAAAACAAUAAUAAAAAUCAGUAUCUGUCAACUGAUUCAAAUAAUGCAGGGCAGUUUUCAACCUAUAUACAAAAAGCACAAAUACAGUAAUUUGAUUAAAGGUAGCAUUGCUUAAUUCUUGCAGUUUGUAUGUCACUGGGUACCAAAUUUGUAUGCAUCAAUUUGAGUAAAAGGUAGACAAAUAAUUGAGCACAAUAUUCCUUUCAGUUGUAAAAAAAUUACCCCCUUAUGUUCUUGGAAAUAGUGUAUGUUAAAGACGUGAUGGAUUGUAACACUAAACACAGCUGUUGAAGUUUUGCUGAUAAAAAAUGUUUUGUUCAACUGGGCUUUGCAGAGAUGUAACAUUGAGAAGAGUGAUCACACCUGUUAUGAAUUACUAAAGCGUUAAGUGCUGAGUUGUGUUGGAAAGCUUUUAAUAGAGGCAAGGGAUACAGAUUGAUAUUAAAUAUGAUACUUCUGUGGACUUUAAAGAACCUAUUUCGAGGAGGGAAAAAUAGAUGGCCAAACAACUUUUAUGAAACUUAAUAGUUUGUUGGGUUUUUUCCCGGCACCUUGAAGCCUCAUAGGAAAAUGUUUCAUGAAAUUUAGACACAAGUUGGAUUUUAGUCCUUUAUGUGAUGGGUAAGUUAAAUUAUAUUGUUUCCUUCAUAGGCAUUAAGGAUACAGACGCUGCAUUUUUUCCAACCUCUAUCUGGAAAUACUGCUAAAUAGUGACUUUUGCUGAAGGGUUGGAUGGAAAACAAAGCAAACCAUAAAAACCAUUUGCUCACUUCUGUUUUCACAGUUUCAGUUUCAUAAUUUCAGUUUCUGUUUGAUAACCCCCCAGAACUACAUGCAUUGCAUAUGUUGUGGUGAUAUAAUUAGAAUCUUCCUACUGAAGGCACAUCUGAAGGCAGCAAUAGCCUGACACUCUGGUGUCUGACAGAGAGAAGAGCAUGUCUGAGCAAGUAUGCUUUUUAAAAUUUCUAGAUUAAUGUCAUGCUUUCAUUCCUUUAUCUACUUGGUAGUGGCACGUACCUGUGCUCUUAAGGAGCUCUGUCACUAGUGGAUUAGCAUCAUUAGCGGAUGUCCAAAAGAACUUUUACUGUGCUUCACAGUGACUGCAGCAUCUCCCAGUCUAUAUCAACAAACUUGCAGCUAUAUUACUAUCUGAAAUGCCUGCUGCUGUCAGUCACACAAUCUUGUGUAGCAACAGGUCCAUUUAGAAUUUCAGACUUGUUAUUUAAAAGGGGCAUCUGAAAGUCCAAGUCCCUGUUUACAGCAUGGUGUGCUCAGGACUUUGGGAAGUCUGGGCAACGUGUUUCAGUCUUAAACUAACUUCACUGUGGAGAAUUUCUCUUGUAAGAACACUGACCAUUGUCUUGCUGCAUGAUGCUGAAAUGAGUCUCACAUUGUUUUCUUCAUAGCUUACUAGCUGGAGACAGUAGCAGUGCUUCCCCAUCCCAUGCCCACCACCUUCCCUUUCCCCACUAUUCUUUCUGGAAGGCCCAGCUUGGGUCUCAGUUUCUCAGCCAUCUUGUGCUCCACCUCUCUGUGGACUUUGCAUGAUUAAGGUCACUAAUAAAAGUAGUUAAUCAA